AUGGUUGGGAAGAGAUACAUCCAAUGCAUGUUAAAAACAAUUAAAAAACCCACUAACCUACACCACUCACCACCCACCAACUUCCGAUCACCACCACCUACAACCCACAAACCACCAUCAUUACCAACCACACAUCACCACAACCAACAACCCACAACCACCACCCAUCACUACCACCUAUCACCCACCGAAACCGCCACCACCCGCCCAUUACCACCCACCAACCAUCAUACCCACCACUCAACACCACCCACCACUACCAUCCACCUAUCACCACCCACCCUCACCCAUCACCACAACUUACAACCCACUACCACCACCUACCUCCAUUCACCUCCACAACCCGACACCAUUCAUCACCACUCGUCACCACCACACUCACUUACACAACCACCCACCACUCACCACCCACCAACACUACUAACCAUCACCAACAUUACCACAUACAACCACCACCCAUCAUCACCACUCUACAUCACCCACCCAUCAACACUACCACCACCGACCUACCCAUCACCCUUCAUCACCGCCACCACCCACCACCCACAACUACAAUAA